AUGCAUCUGGCACACAGAAACCAGACCAACCAAUCCGUUCCCUCUGAAUUCAUCUUCCAGGCAUUCUCUACAGUUCCGGAGAUACAAUGUCUUCUAUUCAUAUUCUUCCUUCUGCUCUAUCUCACAAUUAUCUUUGGCAAUGUAUCCAUCAUCGGGGUAGCCCUCACUGACCAAUCCCUCCACACCCCCAUGUAUUUCUUCCUGGGUAACCUCUCUUUUCUAGAGAUCUGUUACACCACUGUGGUGGUGCCUCAAAUGCUGGCCAGUAUUUUAGAUGUCCAUAGACCAAUCCCAUUUGCAAACUGUGGUAUCCAGAUGUUCUUGUUUGUGGCACUAGGAAGUACUGACUGUUUCUUGUUGGCUGUUAUGGCAUAUGAUCGUUAUGUGGCUAUCUGCUACCCACUCCGGUAUACUUUGAUCAUGACCUGGAAGGUGUGCAUAUGGCUGGUUGUUGGCUCUGCAGUGUUUGCCCUUGCAUUGUCACUGGAACUGACUGUGCUGAUCUUCACCUUGCCCUUUUGUGGUCACCAGCCUCAGAUUAACCAUUUCCUGUGUGACGUGCCUCCUGUGCUGCGACUGGCAUGUGCCGACACUCAUAUCCAUCAGACGGUGUUAUACAGUGUUGGUAUCAUGGUGUUAGCUGUCCCUUUCCUUCUGAUAAGCAUUUCCUACAUCUACAUUGUGGCUGCCAUUCUGCGGAUCCGUUCUACAUCUGGUCGGCAUCAGGCCUUCUCCACCUGUUCCUCCCACUUGACGGUAGUGAUCCUGCAGUAUGGCUGCUGCAGUCUUGUUUACUUGCGUCCCAGGUCAACUUCUUCAGAGGAUGAGGACCGGAAACUUGCUCUUAUAUAUACAUUUGUCACUCCACUGUUAAAUCCUCUCAUCUACAGCCUGAGGAACAAGGAUGUCAAGCAGGCCCUGAAGAAGGUUGUGAGGAAGACUGCUGAAUCUUAGGCAUAUUAACAUCUGAUUGCCAC